AUGACGACCAGGAAGAGGAAGAACGACGACGAGGAGCUCGUUGCCCUCCCCAGCGACGAGAGCGACGACGAGGAAGAAUACGACGAAUCCGAAGGCUCCAACUUUGAUUCCGAAGACGACUCGGACGAAGAGCCUCCGCCAAAGAAGAAGGCCAAGCGCACCACCAAGUCCAAGAAGCAAGAAGAAGAAGAGGAGGAGGAUGACGACGAGGAAGAAGAGGACGAGGUAAGCGAUGGCGAGGAUGACGCCGCUCCCGAGGAAGAAGACGACGACGACGACGAGGAAGAGGAGGACAAGAAGAAGACAAAGGACACCAAGCCCGCUGGUGCCGACAAGGACCGCAAAGUCAAGACUACGGGCAAGAACGAAGCCGCGCCUGUAGUCGACGACGACGACGACGAAGAGUAA